AUGACCAGAAUUUGGUUCAUCACCGGCUCGUCUCGCGGUCUUGGCCUAGCUUUUACCGAAGCUGCUCUCAAAAAUGGAGAUUCUGUGAUUGCGACCGCUCGCAAGCCAGAGCAGCUCAAUCAUCUGCUGGAGAAGUAUGGCAGUGAUCGCAUCCUGCCCGUGGCUCUCGAUGUCACAAACAAUGACCAAGUCCUUCACGCCGUCAAGACAGGCCAUGUCAAGUUCGGCCGCAUCGACGUUGACAUUGAUGUUCAAGACUUCCGCGCCCAGGUUGACGCCAAUCUCCUGAGUGUAGUCUAUGUCUCCAAGACCGUGCUCCCUAUCCUUCGCCAACAAAAGUCUGGUCACAUUUUCCAGGUUUCUUCUCUAGGUGGACGUCUUGGCGCCCCUGGUCUUUCGGCCUACCAAUGUGCAAAGUGGGCAGUUGGUGGUUUCUCGACCGUCCUGGCCCAGGAAGUUGCACCCCACAAUAUCAAGAUCACCGUGCUCGAGCCUGGAGGCAUCCGAACCGACUGGGCUGGCUCAUCUAUGCAGACUCCUGUGGUGAGUGAGCCUUACCAGCAGACUGUCGGCGCUUUCAUUGAAUUCUUGCGGAGCUCUUCUGGAAGCGAGCCGUCUAUUCCAAGCAAGAUUGCCGACAUCGUUCUCAAGUUGAUAGAUGAGAAGGAGCCCCCUCUACGUCUCUUGAUUGGACCUGAUGCUGUGGAGUAUGGAGGCAAGACUGGCGAGGCACUGACUGCUUCUGACAAGAAGUGGCAACCGUUGAGUCUUUCUUCGUCCUGA